GUAUUGCACGUUUUCAAGUCUUUCUCCAAUUUGUUCCAUAAAUGAACAGCUGUUACCGUGGUGCAUCGUGAUUUGGUGUUGGUUCUGGUUUUUACCUUUAUAAAUAUACACACCCCUCUGAAAAUAUGCAGCUUUAAAUGAGAGAUUUUGUAUUAUAGGUGACAGAAAUCAAGUAUCUGAGAUGGCUUUUAGAGCAUUUACACAAACACACGUGUAUGAAAAACAAUCAGCCCCAAAAGAAAAAGACAAAUCCAGCAUCCAGUGCCUUGAGAGUUAUGAUCAAAAUGUGUAUUUAGGGACCAAAGAUGCAACAGUCCAGCAUUUUAUUCUUCCAAAUUGCACAAAUGGGGACCCCAGUAGUCCUGUCCAGAGCAGAAUCAGAGAGGGCAGGGUAAGGAAACUAGGCUCCAGCAACCAAGUGACCAAACUGAGGGUCGUCCCACUUUUCAACCACCUGCUGGUCCUGUGGGACCGGAGCGUCUCGGCCCUCAACAUGUUCUCCUUGGAGCUCGUCUCCAGCCUCAAGAAGAUCCAGCAUGUGUCUUUGUUUGAGGUGUGCGGCUCCUCGCUGCAGUCCCAGGCAGCAUGUGUGCAGAUGGUGACCGUCUCCAGCCGCAGGAAGCUGAUCCGGGUCCACGUGGUGGGAGUGGACCGCUGGGACGUUUUAAGGGAAGUCCCUCUGAUGCAGGAGCCCGUGGCCUUGGCAGUAGACGGCACCAGUGUGUGUGUAGCUACCAGCGACAGGUAUCUCCUCUGUGAUGUUCAGACGGGGAGCAGCGAGGAGCUUUUCCGUCACAAUCACAGCCGGCAGCGUGUCGUCGUUUCCUCAGUGGGACGAGGGGAGUUCCUCCUCAACGGCCCUGGAUCUCUGGGCAUGUUUGUGAUGAAGACAGGGAUAUGCCAGCGCCCUCCCCUGCAGUGGCCUCAGGAGGUGCUGGCAGUCGCAGUGUGUUACCCUUACAUCCUCACCCUGCAGCCCCAAGUGCUGUCAGUCUACAGCAUGCUGGAUCAGCAGCACAAACAGACUGUGAGUCUCAGCGGAGCCAGGGGUCUGCUCUCUGCGUCAGAUGGUGUGUUAGUGUUCACAGAGAGAGACAUUUUCAGUCUGCGUCUGGUGCCACUCGAGGAGCAGAUCCAGGCUCUUGUGAGGCUGGAGAGGGUGGAGGAGGCCUUACUGCUGCUGGACGGAGUUCAACACCAUCUUCCUCUUGACUCUUACAAGGAGCUGCAGAAGGCCAUCACUUGUCUGGCUGGAUUUGUUCAUUUUUACCAGGAGGGUUUUUCCGAGGCCAGAGAUCUAUUCAUUACAGGUGAGCUGGACCCGAGAGAAAUCAUCCGCCUCUACCCGGACAUGCAGCCGUGUCUCAGCGAGGACUUUCAAUCCCAGCUUGAUCAAGUGAACAAGGCCAGGGAUCUGCGAGUGCUCUGCCAAGAGGACAGAAACACAUUUCAUCAUUACCUGGCCUUCCUGGGAGACUUCCUCACAGCAGUCAGAGGCUCAGAGCAGAGCCUGCAGUGCAGUAAAGAGGUGGACUGCGCCCUCCUGAGGCUCUAUGUAGAACUGGGAGACACGGAAAAUCUGCAGCAGCUUGUUGCAGAACCCAACGAGUGCAGCCUGGAACACUGUGCUCCUGUUUUGGAGCAACACAACAGAUGUUUUGCAUUAGGUUCCCUUUAUCAAAGCCAUGGCAACCAAAUUGAUGCAAUUAAGACCUGGGUGAAAAUGGCAGAAGGCUCCCACUCAGACCCUUCCUGCUCAGAUGUUUAUGCACACAUAGUUUGGACUCUCAGUCAACUGCAGGACAGAAACGUUGUGUGGAAAUUUGCAGACUGGACUCUCCAGAGAAACCAGGAGAUAGGGGUGCAGAUUUUUACCAAGCGUGCACCAGAUGAUCGAUUUGAGACACAAGAAGUCCUCCGUCUCUUGGAGAAACACCUGCCUGCGCUGCUUCUGUAUCUUGAGUUCUUGAUCUAUGAUUUGAACAGUGAGGAGGAGAGGCAUCACAGCCGUCUGGCCCUGGCAUAUGUUGCUCAGACGAUGCGAGAGGAAGAGGAAGCAGAUCUGAGGAAGACCAGAGGGAAGCUGCAGCAGCUGCUGUGGGAAUCCACAUUCUAUGACGUCUCCACUGUCUACGAAAAAGUGAAAUCAGCAGCCCUGCACAUAGAGACAGCCGUCCUCCUGGGUCGGACCGGAGAGCACUCUGAGGCCCUGCAGCUGCUGGUUCACCAGGAGGGAGACCUCCAGGCUGCAGAGGCCUUCUGCUGCAGGGCCGCCCAGGGUCGGGGCUCCCAGUUCAUGCAGACCCUGCUGCUCACCCUGCUCCAGAUCUACCUGAGCUCAGAGGAGCUCACCAGCGCUGCUGUGGACCUGCUCAACAACAACCCUCGGCUCUUUGCAGCAGAGAAAGUCAUCCAGCUGCUGCCUGAGUCCUGGUCUGUCCAACUGGUCUCCCAGUUCUUAGUGGGGUCCCUCAGGGAGACCUUCCACCAGGGCCGGAUGGUGAAGCUGCAGAAGGCUUUGGGCCACGCAGAACUCAACCGGCACAAGGUCCUCUGGAUGCAGGCCUCCAAAACAAAGCUCAGACUGGACAAGGGGCAGAAGUGUCAGGUUUGUCAGAGAGACCUUGCAGAGCCACAGUUUGCCUCUAACCUCCACGGUGACCUGAUGCACACAAGCUGCACCGGUUUCUCUUCAUUGUGAAGACAGACUGCACCUCUUAGUGUUUUUCGCCCUUACUCUUUUUCUAUUUUUUAAUGCUAAAUGACUUUUUUCCAAGAAACAUAAGAGCAUAUAUUUGAAAAAAAACAAGCUCUAAAGUGAUCCUUUUGCAUGCUUUUUGUGAACAAACCAAAUCAACUCACUGAUUAGUCAUGAAACUAGUACAGACGGGCUGCAGCUCUUAGUGGUUUCAUCCUAGUCUUACUCAUUUUUAUACUUUUUUUUAAUGCUGAAUGACUUUUUUCCAAGAAACAUAUGAGCAUAUCUUUGAAAAAACAAGCUCUAAAGUGGUGCUUU